GUUUGGAUUAAGUGCCGAUUUGGCUGCAUAAAAGAUCUACGAGCACCCAUGCUGGAGCCGGUUGAUUGGUGCAUCCAGAAAUUUCUCCAUUCAAGGUCGAUUAGAAUGUAAAGGAUAUCGAUCGGUUCCGUUUUAUGCUGCACUUCCGUAUGUGCCCGAAUCCAUGAGCGUUACCUAAUGCUAAAAACCAGUACUUACUAGUUGCACAGCUUCCUGAAAUAUCGAUAUGAGCUCCGCUAUAAGGAAAGAUGUCCUUUUUUCUAAACGUUAAGUCGUGAUAUCUAGAAGUUAAAACGCUAAUUUGCUCUGUUCUAAGUGACCCUAUUGUCUUUCUAUCUUUGUAUUAGUUUUCGUCCUCACUUACUCGUGAGGUUGUAAACUGUGUGAAAGUCAACCGGCUCCAUAAAUCCGUCAUCAGCAAAAGUUCUGCUGACUGAGAACAAAUUGCAUAUAUGGUGAAAAUGGGAUCGAAUGACUGGUCACUGAGAGCGUGGAUUGAGUGGUUCAAAGGCGAGGCGGUCAGUAACAAAAAACUUCCAGAAAAAAGUGAAAGCCAGUUGGUUUCGGAAUCCCUGCUGCAUGAACUGGACUGUGCCAUCAAAGAAACCGAAGAACGAAACUAUCAACGAGAACAAGAAGAGCGAAAGCGAACACAAAAGGUGGAUUACUCAUGGCUCAUAGAUCCAACCCGUGUCAGUAAGUAUUCCUUCGAAAUCUCACAAGGAGAGAGAAUGGAAAUCGAAAGUUUAUGCUGGCAGAUACUUCCCACGGAAUGCAACAAGGUUAUUAUGCAGUUCCGCGAAUACCUUUCCCGAGAGCCCAUGGUGCAAGAAAUCCCUGUGCUUUUUCGCGCCUGUCUAACUCAAACGAUUCAGUCACGUCCAGCGAUGGAUGGAGAAUCAGCCAUGGGAAGUCAUUUGGAAAAAGUCAAACGUUCCAACAAAGUGAUGCCGUUUGCCCAGAGCAUGAUAGAUAUGCGUAGCCGUCGCAAUUCACAAGAAAUGCAAAUGCGCAUGCCUAUUAAAUUCAGUACGCUCGAUGUUAGGACGUUGCCGGUAUAACGUACUGCGUCGCCUAUAAAGCGAGAUUUGUCAGUGUUCGAUCGCACUCUAUAAUAUUUUGCUUUGUUUAAGGAAUUAUUACAAUACUCAAAAUCAGAUUUUCCAGCGAACUGCUUAUAUUAUUUCUCUUGCUUAAAUUUCAAAUUCUGUACAUUAUUUCUACGUUUGGUAACGUCAUGUUCUUCGGUUUGCACUUUGCAGUGGUACUGAAAAUAAUCCAAAUUUAUUUACGCUUUUUACUUUUCGCACGUUGUGUAACUUUUGACCAUCAACUCUGCAACACUGACUGCAUGGUAGCAAAUUAAAUCAAGUACAAUCUUUAAUUUUGGGCUGUUAAUGCACUGCUGAACGUAAAGAUGUGACUGAGUUGUGAGUAAAACAGGAAGAAAUAUAG